AUGAAGAAUUAUACAAUGGUGACUGAAUUUAUUCUCUUGGGAAUCCCUCAUACUGAGGGAAUGGAGAUUCAACUUUUUAUUGUGUUUUUAUCUUUCUAUUUCUGCACCCUGCUGGGGAACCUGAUGAUUUUAUUGGCCAUUAUCUCUUCAUCUCGCCUUCAUACACCCAUGUAUUUCUUUUUAUGUAAGCUAUCUAUUUUGGACAUUUUUUUCCCUUCAGUGAGUUCACCCAAAAUGUUGUCCUAUCUAUCUGGAAAAAGUCAUGCAAUCUCAUAUGGAGGUUGUGUAUGUCAACUCUUUUUCUAUCAUUUUGUUGGCUGCACUGAAUGUUUUCUGUGUACUGUGAUGGCCUAUGAUCGCUUUGUUGCCAUUUGUUUCCCUCUGCGGUACACAGUCAUCAUGAGCCAUAAGGUAUGUGUCAUAUUAGCCCUCGGGUCUUCAUUUUUGGGCUGUAUUCAGGCCACUUUCCUCACUGUCCUUACCUUCCAGUUGCCCUACUGUGGACCCAAUAAGGUGGACUAUUACUUCUGUGAUAUCCCAGUGAUGCUGAAAUUAGCUUGUGCAGAUACCUCAGCCCUGGAGUUGGUGGGUUUUAUCAGUGUGGGACUUAUGCCACUUAGCUGCUUCCUCCUCAUUCUUACUUCAUAUAGCCGCAUUGUUUACUCUAUCUUGAAAAUCCGCACAGCAGAGGGACGGUAUAGAGCCUUCUCCACUUGCAGUGCUCACCUUACAGCCAUUCUUCUUUUGUACAUACCUGUGGUCCUCAUUUACUUACAACCUACCCCCAAUCCUUGGCUGAAUGCCACUGUUCAGAUCCUGAAUAAUCUGGUCACUCCUAUGCUGAACCCCUUGAUCUUCAGCCUGAGGAACAAGGAAGUAAAAGCAUCCCUAAAGAAGUUGCUGCAGCAGUUUGGAUUCCUUUCUGAGAAGUGAGAGACAGAGAUAUGGUGUGUUUGCAUUUAUAAAUAUACAUAUUUAUAUUGUUCUCCUGGCUCCGGUUAUUUCACUUUACAUUAAUUUUUAUAAUCUUCCCAGGCUUUUCUGAAACUUUCUCUUUCAUCCUUUCUUACACCAUAAGAGUAUUCCAUCAUAUUAUUAAACCCUAAGAAUUAGGGUUCAGCCAUUCCCCAAUUGAUGAG